GACGUACUACACACUUUGAAAACAGGGAAGAUCCUUUUUGUUGUUAUUGCCCUGAUCGUCAAGGUGCUGACUACAAGCUCAAAAUCCCCAUAUGUAGGCGUCGAGGAUAAGCACCCAUCAGUUACGGCUCAACCAAGACGUACGCAUCCCCCCAGGCAGAAAACCCUCUGGCAUUUUACGACCCCAACAAACAACCACCAGCCCGUACCGACCCGGAGCCAGAAUUUGCACAACGCGAGUCAUUUGUUCCAGUCUAUCCCAGCAACACUCAUCAUGAACCACAUUUUCCAUAUGCAUGUUUAUCAGUGAAGGCACGGUAUCGAGACGACUCACACCGCCGUUCAUGCGCUUUCGAAGCCGAUACCAGCCGACAGAAUCCAAUCCGCAGUAUUGCUGGAGCAGAGCUUCAUCGUCCCAGAGCCCCUCUGUUGGGAAGUUACAGCGGAGUAGCGUUGAGGUUCCCAGAGUCAUGGCCUCGACCGCGCGGACGAAGUCUGAGUUGAAGAAGAGGUGGUGGUAAGGAGUAGCCUGGAACAGAUUCCGAUGUAACGCUCGGUUGUAGGCGCGGUGCCAUGCAGCUAGGUGCUGUGCAGCUCGAAACACCUGGGUGGCGUUUUCUUUGCACUUAUCGUCUGUUGCGAGGUCGGCGUCGAGCGUGAGUGUGAAAGAAUCGGGUGGCAUCCCUAAGUCAGGAAGUUCCUGGGCUUCCACUAUCCAUUUUCCUAUCCCGAAUUCCGCGAUGCGCGACAUGGGGAUUCUGGUGGGAUCUUGCUCUUCUAUCUGCGAGAGCAAUUGGCGGACGUCCAUGAAGAUGGCUCGCCAUAGGUUGACGCGGCGGUCUAUGCGUAGCUUUGGGUUUUCCUGGCAGAAUGGGAUCAGUCCGCGCGCGUGGCCUGCUGGGUAGGCCACGGAGAGAUGGUCUUCCAGCAAUACCACCUCGCGAAGGUGAGACCGUUGUCCGGGGUCAAGUUCGUAAAGGAAGUGGAUGGCGGCUGAAGCUGCUGAAAACCGCCACUUGAAAGGCUGUUCCGGGUUCCAGUCCUGCGUGGUAUACCUAACCAACUUCCCAUUGAACAGCUGGGGCACAUUUUCUUGGGCAUCUCCAGCAGGAUUCUCACCAACAAAACGCGCCAUCCAACGGAGCUCCGCUCGAGUUGGUAUAUUCCAGGUCUCCCAUUUCGUUGUAAUAUGCCUAUUCGUAAUGAUACCAGGUCGCAGCGCUAGCGAAUUGUCGCGCAGAAACUUCCUCCAUGUCUUUUCAAAGUCAGGGUGUUUCGAUAACACUCGCAAAAUAUCGAAAUUGACUUCGCGCGUGCGGGAUGGUACAUGCGACCAAGAAUACCUCAAGCGGGAGAUAACAAGACCGAACCCGCACAUCUCUUUCGAGAUUGCACGGCAUGUCGACUCCAGUCCGAAAGAAAGGGUUUCUCCGUCCUCCGCACUUACAAGCUUAUGUCUUUCGAAGUCGUAGACAUAGCCACCUGGAACUUUCACGUAGUAUUUGUAAACGGCAUUGCGAAGCUCGCUUGGUAGCGAGAGGAACUUAAAGGCGUCUUCUUCGGAUUCUUCGGGAUAGAAAAAAGGUAAAGGUUGCAAUUCUUCGGAAUAGAAGGAUGAGGAAGAUUGUGUCUCUUCGUAGCAGGAGGGAGAGGAAGACCGCGAUUCUUUAUAGUUAAAGGGAGAGCAAGAUCGCGACUCUGCAGAGUUGAACGGCGAGGAAGAACGUGAUUCUUCGGACCAGAGAUGAGAGGGUGAACUCCAUCCUUCGAUUGUAGACGACAUCUUAGAAUUUGAUCUGCAGGGGAACUCAGUAUCUCUAUGCAAAUGUCAAGGAAAUUAGCACCUUCUUGAAGUAACUCAAAGCGGAUGGCAGAAGAACUAACUGAACUCGAAAAAAAAAACGGCGCAAGGCGCCUUUCUAUCACUGAAAGUACAAUAUAUAGGCCUUUUCUUCGAUUUCGUUCCGAAAGAUUGAUUUUGAGAAAUGUCUCCAAUAGCAAAGCACCCGAUUGUCAUCACUCUGAUCAUGAUCAAUACGUUAUCCACAAGACCCGUGCACAGCACGGCUCUGCCAAUAGCGUGUUUGGUAACAUUUGAAAGCUUUCGAUGGAUUUUGAGUGCUCGAAACGUCAGAAAAAACUCGUUAUUCGCUACUGUUUGAUUUGUUCGAUGAUCAUAAUGAUGACAUAUACAUGCACCAUCGCAAAUGUCCACAUCACGCACACUACAAGUACUUGAUUC